AUGACAGAUUGGUAUCAACACUAUCUCGACAACGGCUACGCCGUCGUCCCCAACGUCAUCCCCAAAGAAAAAGCCCUCGCCUACCAAAGAGCCGCCUUUGACUGGCUCAAGUCGUUUGACAACGACGCCCUCGAUCUCUCCGACAGGUCAACCUGGACUCCUGACAAUCUUCCAAACAUUUCCAACUUCAACGCUUUCACUCACUAUGGCGUUGUGCAUGAAAAGUUCAUGUGGGAUAUCAGACUUGAACCAGGUAUUAUUGACGUUUUUGAGAAGAUUUGGGGGACGAGGGAGUUGCUUGUUUCUUUUGAUGCCUUGAAUAUCACGCUGCCGAGGAGACCUGGACAUGUCUCACGACAGCCUCAGGCUCACGUUGAUCAAUCUCCCUACCGUCAAGGUCUUCAAUGCGUCCAGGGCAUCGCCUGUUUCUCCAAGUCUGGUCCUGAAGAUGGUGGUCUCACCGUUUACCCCGGGACUCAUAAGGUAGUUGAGGAUUUCUUUGCCAACUACACCUCCAAGGCGGACUGGAGGCGUAAAGACUUUUACACCUUCACCGAGGACCAUAUUUCUUGGUUCGAGGAUCAAGGCUACAGACCUCACAAAGUCACCGCCGAACCAGGAGAUCUCAUAAUUUGGGACUCACGUCUGAUUCAUUGGGGUGCUGAGCCUACUCCGGAGGGAAACACUAUCAGGACCAUCACGUACGUCUCGUACACCCCCGCGUACCUUGCUAGCGCAGAGACGUUGGAGAAGAAGAAGGAGGCGUUUGACAAGUGGUUGGCGACUACGCAUUGGCCUCAUGAUAAUAUCAAUAUCCGGGCGAGCAAGCCCAAGUUUCCGGAUGGAACGCCGGACACAAGAAGGAGCGAGCCAAGGGAGAAGCCCGAGUUGACAGAUCAGCUGCUGAAGCUGGCGGGUGUGAAGCCUUAUGAUAGCUCUGAGUGA